UAAUGGGAUGUUUUCUAAAUAGUAAAUAUACACUUACACCCUAAUAAGAAAACUACUAAAGCAAAACUAAUAAUAUAAUCCAUCAUUCAUCUAAUGAAAUAAAAUACCAAUAGUAUAUUGUCCAUCAAAGGUGAUGAAAGAUGGUUUUUUUGACCGACUUAAAUUAUAAUUAUUACUUGGAAAUCCAAUCGUUGCUGACGGAGGAGACGAUCUCAUCUCGGCCAAUCACAACGACACAUCUGUACUUCAUUCCUCCUUAAUCAAGGAUUCUAAACCUAGCUUUUCCUCACAAAUCAUUCUCCGCCGCCCAUGGCCAAAAGAAUCCGCCGGAAGUUCCUCGUACAGUCCGAUUCUCGAAUCGACGCCGAUCCUCUCCCUCCGUCGUCUUCCUCUAAGAUCCCAUUCCCAUCCACUAAAGUACGGAAGAUUUCCUCCAAACAAGAACCAGCCAAACCACAAAUUUCAACUUCCGGCGGAAAUGACCCGACCCGAGCAUUCCAGAACCUGGCCAGUCCCCUCAAAUCGUUAUCGUCUUCGGAUGAAAUUUUUACAGCUAUCGAUCAUCUACGUCGUUCAGAUCCUCUCCUGAUAAGUAUAUUAGAAUCAUGCGAAUCCCCCAAUUUCAAAUCCAAUCCACCGUUUCUAGCACUAACGAAGAGCAUCCUCUACCAACAACUCGCUACGAAGGCCGCCGAAUCGAUCUACAAUCGCUUCGCCUCGCUAUGCGGCGGCGAGGUGUCGGUACUGCCGGACAUCGUGCUCGGACUCUCGCCGCAACAGCUACGAGUAAUCGGAGUAUCGGGGAGAAAAGCAAGUUACCUCCAUGACCUAGCGACCAAAUUCAUAGAGGGGAAUUUAUCAAAUUCAAUGAUUCUGGAGAUGGACGACGAGACUCUGUUGGAGGCAUUGACGGCAGUGAAAGGAAUCGGGAUGUGGUCGGUGCAUAUGUUCAUGAUAUUUACUCUGCACCGGCCGGAUGUGCUGCCGGUGGGGGAUUUGGGGGUGAGAAAAGGGGUUCAGAGGUUGUACGGAUUGAAGGAAUUGCCGAAGCCGGCGGAGAUGGAGAAACUGUGUGAGAAAUGGAAGCCUUACAGGUCGAUGGGGGCUUGGUAUAUGUGGAGGCUAAUGGAAGUGAAGGGAUAGCUUUGUAAUGUGAACUUUUAAUCUCUGAUUGUGAGGGUUAGAUUUUGGAUUAAUUUGUGUUUGUGUAAUUUUAAGAACUCAACUCUAAACAAAGUGUUUUCAGUUCUUGGAUCAUUGUUGCUUCUCAUCUUGCCAUUCUUGAACUAAAAGUUAAGAGUUUGAGUU